AUGAAACACACGCACACGCACAGUCCAACCACAAUCAGCCCCUCUGGUACAGCGCUGCUGUCCGCGCCCGCAGGCGGCCCCUGGUCGGUGGAGGACAUCCUGGCGGACGGGGAGGAGCAGGACCGCGUCCCGCUGCAGAAACUGCAGCUUUUAGGGGAAUCAGAAGAACUGAGAGACUUGCUUCUGAACCCGCACCUCAGGCAGCUACUGCUGACAGUCGAUCAAGCAGAAGAUAAAAACUCCCUCAUGAAGAAGUACAUGCAGGAGCCAUUAUUUGUUGAGUUUGCAGACUGCUGUUUGAGAAUUGUUGAACCUCCAGAGAAGGAGAACAUUCUUCCUGAGUGA